GAAAAAUUGUCAAAAUUUAAAGUAGUAUCAACCUAACAAUUUAAUAGAAUUAAAAUGACUCAUAAAUGUUUAUGUUCAGAUAAAUAUUCCAAUGAAAAUGCAGUAAAAAAUCCUCAUUUAGCCGGUUUGGAAAAUGACUAUUUAUAUCACAUUGCACUGGAUACUGAAACGAUGAACUUAGUUGAAGCUUUUGGAGAUACUAAAUUUGUCUGUAUGGGAGGAUCCCCAAAGAAAAUGUACAUGUUUGCCAAAUAUAUAAUGGAAGAAAUUGGUCAUAAAUUACCGUUCGGCACUAAGUUACUAGAUAUCAGCGAAAAGGGUGAUCGAUAUUCUAUGUAUAAAGUAGGGCCAGUUAUUUCAGUAAAUCAUGGUAUGGGAUGUCCGACGAUAGGAAUCCUUCUAAAUGAACUAAUCAAAUUAAUGUAUUAUGCCAAAUGUAAGAAUCCAGUUUUCUUUAGAUUAGGUACGUGUGGUAGUAUAGGCUCUAAGCCAGGAACUGUUAUAAUCUCCGAAGACGCUUGUGACGGAAUGUUACAGAAAGAAUAUUCCAUUCCAGUUCUAGGAAAGUUGCUUACGAGAUCAACCGAAUUAGAUAAACAGUUAUGGCAGGAAUUGAAGUCUCUGUCUCUACCUGAUGACGAAUUUGAGGUAAUUUCGGGAACAACCAUGUGCACGAAUGACUUUUAUGAAGGCCAAGCGAGAGCAGAUGGAGCAUUUUGUGAUUAUACAGUAGAAGACCAAAUUAAUUAUCUAAAAUCUCUUCAAAGGAAAAACAUAGUCAAUAUUGAAAUGGAAUCUACGGCAUUUGCUGCAUUUACGAAAGCUGCAGGAAUCAAAUCUGGAGUAAUAUGUCUUAGCGUUCAGGAUGUCUUGGAAGGGGAUGAGAUAUCCGUUCCAAAAGAAGUUAUGGAUAAAUGGCAGGCUCGACCACAAAUCUUAGUAGCUCGGUAUAUAAAACAACAUCUAGAUUAAAAGUAUAUUUGAUAGAGGGUAUAGAUUACAAUUAAUAUAAAUCACUUACGAUUAUAAUAUUGUUACACUUCUUGAAAAUACCUUACUUGAACACAACUUGUUGACAAUACUUUUAACUGACUGAUAACUCUAAACUUCAAAAUCUAAAUAACAACUGUUAUAAACAGUCAAAAACAUCUGUUUACAUAUUUUUUCUGACUUUUCAAACUUCAAACAUUUCAUGAAUUUUCGAUGUCAUCUUGAAUUUUCUCGAACUUCUUCUUCUUUUUUAUCUAGGGGUUUUUUCUGUGAUAUAAAUCUUACGAAUUUUUUGUAACACUGCUCCCUCCUUUAUAGUUAUUUUCUUCUUCUUUAGCCUUCAUUUAUCCAUUGUUGGACAUAGGCCUCCUCCAAUUGCUUCCACGCUUCCCUAUCUUUUGCAAUUCUCAUCCACUGCUUUCCAGCUACAGCUGUUAUAUCGUCUAUUCAUCUCUUUUUGGGUCUUCCCGCGCUUCUUUUUGUUUCUCGAGGUCUCCAGAAUGUCACUUUAUGAGACCAUCUGUUGGUGUCUUGUCUUGCUACAUGUGCUACCGAUUGCAAUCUCAAUGUUGCUAUUUUUCCCAUGAUGUCGGUUACUUUAGUUCUUUGACGUAUUUUGGUGUUAGGAAUUUUGUCUCUGAGGCUUACAUUUAACAUGGCCUUCUCCAUGGCCCGUUAAGUUACUCUUAAUUGUUUUGCCAUUUUUCGUAUUAUUGCCAUAGUUUCUAAUCCAUAAGUUGCAACUGGUAGUAUACAAGUGUUAUAGGUUUUUCGUUUUAAGUGAAUUGGGAUUAUUCUGUCUUUUAAAAGGAAGCUCAACUUAUCAAAAGCAGCCCAUGACAAUUGUGUUCUUCUCUUAACUUCUAGGAUUUGGUUUAUAGUUAUUACCUUUAUAGUUAUUUGCCUCGAAUAAGGGGAUUAAGGGGAAUAAGAGAUCGAUUGAAGCCAACAGGGUAGAUGUAUGGAGUUAGUCUCUUGAUAUAAACUACCUUCGGUUUACUUCUAGUUGCAAACAGUUUAUUUUAUGCAGGACAGUCUACGGACCUUCCAAGUUUCGUUAAAGUUUCGGACAAAGUUCUUUUUUGCGUGUGAAAUUGUAUAACCAUACUAGGUCUCCUCUUUCGAAAGUUGUACCAGUAGCAUGCAUUUCAAGCCUGGCCUUGGCUUUAUCACUUUGAAGGUUUAAACUUUAAAGAGGGAAUUAGUAGACUUUUUCCAAUUUUUCUUUCAAAUUUUUAAUUUAAAUCAGGGAAGAAUGUUCUUCUUCCCGCAUCCCAAUCUUUCUAAUUGUCAGAUACGAACAUUGAAAGAUAUUGACAAAUAGUUCUGCUACAUCUUUUGACCAUUAUGUCUGAUUGAGAUUGGAGAGGCGAGUUUUCUUACUAACCAAGAUUUUCAUUAAUUCUUGUUAUAAUUCUGAUUAAAAAUUUUGUCCUUGAGUAAAAUGUAACUCUAAAGGAACUCUAUGUCUUGAUACAACUUGUGUUAUGAUCGCUUCUGCUACUGAAACCGCUUCUUGAUUGGGUAGAAUUUCAGACCAUUUAAAAAAAAUAAUCCAUUGUAACUAUUAAGUACUCUCUGCCAUUGGAAGUAGCCGAAAAUAUCCACUGCAAGUCAUUCACAAGGUUCUCCGGAAAGAUAUUGUGCCAUUUUACCAUAACUUCUCAUUCUGGGACAUCUUUUACUAAUAUAUUUAUCACAUUUCUUUGAUAAAUCUUCUACAUCUUGGCAGCAAUUUAGUAAAAUCUGUUUUGAACCCUGGCAAGUGUUCUUUUAACUGAGGGAACACGGAAGUGUUCCCUCUUCCGAUAAUAUAGACCAUCAGCAAGAUACAGGGAUUCCCAUUAAGCCCGGUAUGCGUUUAUAAUUUCACUGUAUUUGGUUAUUUUCUGACAAAUUCUGGUCCCCUGAAGACUUACUCUUUUUCUCUAAGCUGACACUGAUUCUGCAAAAUUGACACCUGUUCACUUAACUUUUCUAUUUCAUUUUUACUAAUCGCUAGUUGCUCCCUCAGUUGUGCAACUUUAGAUUAUAAAGUAUCUUUUUUGAUAAACGUUAAGUGAAAAGUAAGUCUGACCCUGUACACCUGCUAAAACAGGUAUAUUGGUCUUUACUAAAAGCGGUUAUUUUGCUGGUAAAACUGGAAUUGUUUAUUGAUAACAAUAACAAAUAAUUGCAAUUUGCUGACUUUAAUACUAAUUUAACUGGAUAUUAUGUAAAAAGUUUGUACACUUACAGUUUAUUUCAAUAUAUCACUGAGAUUUAC